ACGGCACCCAAAGCGUAAAGAACUCAGAUGUCGCUGAUCCCAGGGCAUUUUUCCCUGCAUAACCUUCCCCAGUUCAUGUCACCACUCACAUGGUAGACUUCAUGCCUGAUUCACAACAUGCCGCCCACGAUGGGCCAGGGUCGUCAAUCAAAAUCACGACCCGCGAGGACCGCACAGUAGUCAUGGCCGUUCUGCUGCGGGUCGUCCGCCUCUUCCGCAAGCAACUCAACCCCAGCGCGCCCAAACACGAAGACGGCUCCAUCAAACUCAAGUCCCCCAAGGCGCGCGUCAGGCCAUGCACAACCUCCCACCGCACCGUCUGCGACAUCCACAUCUACGACAUCGUCCCGCCCAGGACUCCCACAAAGGCCCCCACGCGCCGCAUCUACUACAUCGCCGGCAGCAGCUGGCAACAAGCCCCCUCGGGCCAGCACUGGUGGGUGUGCGCACAGCUCGCCCUCGCCCUGCCCGACACCAUUAUCUCCAUCAUCUCGCCCCCGCUGGCCCCGAACAACACCGCCUCCAGCUCCUUCCCGUGGUGCAUGCGACUAUACCGCGAACUACUACGCCUCGCCUCCGACGCCGGCGAGCGCGUGACGCUGAUGGGCGACUCGUCCGGCGCCAACAUGGUGCUGUGCAUGGUCAUGGAAGCACUGCGCCAGGACGCCGAGACCCCCCGCAGCCCCCCAGCCCCCCAGCCCGUAUCCAUAAUGACCAUUAGCCCGUCGACCGACCUGACGCGCUCGAACCCCGAUAUCGAGACGCUGCGCGCAGUCGACCCCCUGCUGUCCCCCGAGGCCAUCCGCGCCACCGCGCGCGCCUGGCUGGGCUCCGACGUUGAUCCCGCGGACCGCAUUGUGUCGCCGAUUAACGCGGAUUUCACGCUCCUCGCGCAGAGCGGGAUUCGCGUGCACGGCGUGACGGCGGGGUACGACGUGCUGAGCCCGGACGGGCUGGUGUUUCGCGAGAAGCUGGCGCGGCAUGGGGUGCGCGGUGAGUGGCUGCAUUGGGCGAAGCAGAUGCAUUGUUUUGUGCUGACGGCGCCGUAUCGGCUGCGCGAGGGCAGGGAGGGCUUUGAGUGGGUUGUGGAUGUGCUCAGGCGGGACUAGGUGGUGUGUAUGAUACCCUUGUUUCUAGAUGUAGAGGUUUUUGUGAUAAUGUCAUUUUGUCGGAGCAUGGCAUUUUCAGGACGUCCGGAUAGGUUGUGAUAUUGAAAUUGACGAUUGGAAUGCACACAGUGCAGUCGUGUUGCAGACAUGCAGGCUCUAUCUCCCAACA